AACAAAAUCCCAUCAAAAUCUCCACCACCGUUAAUAAUUAUUCUUGUUUCCUUCAUCCACUUCUUUCCUAAUAUAUGAAAUUUUCCCCUCUUUUUUAGGGAAAAAAUAAGAGACCAAAAGAAGGACUUGAAUCUGAUCACCAAAAAUUAAGCCAUGCAAGAAGAUCAAGAAGAAGAGGAGAAACCAUAUCUAUGGUUGCCACAAGAAAUCAUCCACCAUAUUUUAUAUUAUCUCAACCCCAAAAAAAGAGCCCAAUCUAGCACCAUAUCCAAGGAUUGGCUUUAUGCAUGUAGAACAAAUCCAAGAUUGGAUUUUGAUGACAGCUUCUUCAAUGUUAACAAGGGUUAUAAUCUUCAAGAAAGAUUUGGUGAUUAUGUCAACAACACUUUGGCAAAUUUCCAAGGUCCCAACAUCAAGGAGUUCCAUCUUUCAAUGGUCAUGAUGCCAGGUGAUGAUGCAAUUUCCUCAUCUUCUGUUGACCAAUGGGUUUAUUUUGCCAUGAAAAAAAAAGUCCAAGUUCUUCACAUCACACUCCCUGAAUUAGAUAGUAAUUCCUAUAAGUUGCCUUCCAAGAUCCUAGGAUUUGAAUACUUGACGAAGUUGCAUGUCAAUAGGUGUAAGUUCCCAAACCCUAAUUUUAAUCAUGGAUCUUUAACUUUAUGGAAGAAUUUGAGGGUGUUACAUCUCAUAAGUGUUUACAACCUUAGUACGGAAAUCUUGGAUUGGUUGAUUUCGGUAUGCCCUUUGAUUCACGACUUGAAGAUUUCUGACCACUAUGAUGAAUUAGACCAAAUUAGGGUUUUCGAUCUCCCAAGCCUUCGGAUGUUAUGGAUUGAGGAGGGUUACUCUAGUGAGACACGAUUGAUCGAGGUGAUGAACGUGCCGGAUCUCGAAACCAUGGUUGUGGAAUUAGGGUUUGGACGGUGUACAUUAACGUUACAUCCAUGUCCUAAUUUGAAGAGCUUGUCGCUCAAGAAUGCAAAUCUCAAAGAUGAAUUCUUUGAGACAUUGACGGAUAAGUUUCCUACACUAGAGUGCCUUGAAUUAACAGGUUGUUUUGGGUUCAAGAAGAAAACUUUUCCGACCCGCCACCAUAAGCUGAAGGUGUUACGCAUAUCUGAAUCAUGGGAUGAUGAUGGAUGAGGCUAAGCUAAAGUUAUUGUUUUGAUUUUUUUUUUUGGGUUCCCCCCUUGGAUGCUAAAUUAGGGGUUUCUCGUGAUGGAUGAUGUUUUUUCUUGGAUGCUCUAACGCAACAGUAAAGGUGGCAGAUUAGGGUUGUUGUCAGAGAUAACUUGAUCCACGAAAAAUACCACGUCAGUUGAUUUAUAAUUUCACUUUGGUCUUAAUUUUACUAUUUUAAUUUGUUUUUAUUUUUGUGGAAAGUAAGUAGCUAGAUUAGUGACUUUGCUAUGGAUGUAUAUGCAUGAGUGGGUUUUCUUCUAUAUAUUCAAAAAUCACAAUCAAUCACUUUCAUAAUAUAGUAAAGCUAGAACCCACAUAGGUAUGACUUAAUCGAAAUCAAAUUAGAAGUAAAGCUGAAAUAGUUUUAGAACCAAUAGUUUUAAAUCAAACCCUAACAUAGUUCAUAUUGGAUUCCAUAUAUCUUGGAAGUUUGUGUACCAUGGACAAUUUUAACUUGAUGAAAUUCGUUACACGUACGGCAUCUAUUAUUUUGACACGUUCACAACUUGUUCAUAUAAAAUGAC